AAAUUACUCUCAACUCUAGUUUAUGAAGAUUCAGUUCUUCAUGGUCUGGCAGAGUUGAUCUACACCCAGAAUGGAAUGCCUUCAUGUUCCAGCUCUUGUCCUCUACUGCUUCUGUCUGUCCUUGGUCAAGUUUGUCUCUCCGUCAGCUUCAGUGAUCACCCAUCCAGGUCACAAUGUCACUCUACAGUGUAAAAAUACCCUUAAAGUUCCUGGACAUGUAGCCUGGUUCAAGCAAGUCAAUGAAUCAGAGCCUCUUUGCAUCGUUUCUAUGUACAGCACGGAGCCGUACAUUACACAUCAUAACGGUUUUCAGCCCAGCCGUAUGGAAAUGGUACUGAAGAAUGAAAUUAUACUUCUUAAAAUCUCAGAUGUGGACAUUGCUGACUGUGGUCGGUACUUUUGUGGAGUAUUCAAUAAAUACUUUAUCUUCAUAAAUGCGACUGAUGUAAAUAUCAUAGGUCAUGGAGAUGCCAACACACCCAAAGAGCCAGUACAAUGUCAUGAAGGAGAAGAUGAUGUUGGAACGACAGACUUCUUCCCAUUGGUUGCGAUCCUGGCUGGUGUGACUGCUGUUCUAUUGACUGUCCUCCUUCUCCUGGCCCUUAAGAUCAGACGAGACACAAACAGACUAAGCCCAGUUGCCAGCUCGCAACAACCACCACGAAAUGAUCUGGACCAAGAUCCUGAUUCUCUGAAUUAUGCCACAGUGAAUAUCACCUCCAGGAAUAUAAAGAGGAAAAUGCAGAGGAGGGAGACGGCGCUGGACACCCAUGUAGUGUAUGCUGCUACCAGAUGACUAGUUGGAGCUGUGGAAGAGGACAGAAAUUGGUUUGCCAUAUCUUUGAAUACAUAUUUAAGUUAACGGUCAAGAUGAAAAAGAAUUAAUCACAAUUAAUUGCACAGAUCUGGUCCCAAAAAAACACAUUUCUGUUUAAGAAGCAGUGCAUUAUGUUAACUGCUUGACUUGAAAACAGGAGCAGGAGCUGCCAUUAUCCAAGUUGGUCCAUUCAAAUAGGGUAUGUUAUGGCUCAGAUUAUCACAAUGACUGGCAGGAUAUAUUGGUAACCCAUGUAAAUCUAAAUAGAAAGUUGUUGGUCUAUGAUCCAGUAGUUCUACCAUCUUCCAUGGUGCUCUUGAUCAUGGCACCAAGUACAAUACAAAUGAUGUUAGGGUUCUGUUUAAACACCCAUCAGCCCCUCCCUCUCUCUGCACAGCUGCAGGCAUGUAAUCCAACACUGAAUCACACCUAUGCCUUUUUGAUGUGUUUUACUUUAUUAUAAUGUGCUUUUACACCCCGUUUUCUCACAUAAACGCCAUGCCGUUGCUGAAAGCGUCAGUGGUCCAUUUAACAGCAGGAUUCACAGACAAGCGGCAAGUCAACACGAUUAAUGACAUGAAUGCAUGGGCUAUAUUACAUAAUUAUAUUGAAAAAAGCUAAUGUGAUGCACUCUCGGCCACUCCAGCACAAGUGCUAAAUAAAGUUUCCCUGUAUACUGUAGCAAAUAAAUAAGUGACAGCUCAGAUCAAGCAGUAACUAUGGUUCUGAGGCAAAAAAAAAAAAAAAACGUGUUUACGGCGAUAAAAUUAUUUUCGUCGUUACACAUUUUUUAUUAAACGCAUGUGUUAACAUGUUAACUUUGACAGGUAUGAAGUUUACAUUUCUUCCACAGAGACUAUGAUGUUUAUAUAUUUACCUUAAUU